GCCGCCCUCAUUGUCCAGCCGCGGCCGCCGCCGCCAUUCAAGAUGGCGCCCGCCGGCCCCUUCUUCCUCCUUGGCCCCCCCUCGGGGCGCCGCCGCCAAUCGGCGGCUGAGCCCGCCCCCCGCGUGACCUUCCGACCAAUCAGCGCGCGGCGUCCGGCAGCGCCAGCCAAUCAGCGCCGAGAUCGCCGCGCGCGUCGGGUGAGGCGCUGAGCGGAAGGCCCGGAGGGGCGGGGAGCCGUGCCGGUGAUUGACGCGGCGCGCGGCCAAUGGGAGCCGCUCCCUUCGGGUGCCUCCGCCCAAUGAGGCCACGGUGGGGCGGGGAGGGGCGGUUGGGUGACGUCAGGGCGCGGCGCGGCCAAUGGCGAGGCGGCUGGCGUCUAUAUAAGGGCGGGCGGGGGCAGGCCGAGAGGCGCCAUUUCGCGGGGACGAAGGGACGGAGCGGGUCGGGCCCGGCGCGCGAGGGGGGCGGCCCCAACCCGGCUCCAUCCCCCGCCUCCGCCGUCCCGGAGGGCUCCGGGACCCUCCCCGGACCCUCCCCGGCCUCCGCAGCGACCCCUGCCUGCGGCCACCGGCGGCGAGGGGGCCGCCUCCGCCCGGCUUCUUCCACCACCUUCCUCCCUCCCUUCCGCCCCCCCCUCCCCGCUUCACCUCAGCGAGCCAAGAUGGAGCGCGGCCGCUGAGAUCCCGCCGAAUAUCCGCCGUCAUCCGCCGCUCCGCCCGCGGCUCCGCGCCUCGCUCCGCCCGCCCGCGGCCGCCGCCGGCUCGCAGCGACUCGGCGAGGGUUGUAUCGAGCGGAUCGCGCCGCGUUCGGCGGGUCCGGUGAGGCUCCGAAGGAAGGACCCCCCCCCCCCACCUCCCUCACCCCACCACCGUUACAUCCCCUCAGAGCGGCGCCGCCAUUUUCGCCGCGCCCCGUGGAUGUGAGGCCGAGCGCGGGUCUCCCCCCAACCCCGCCGGGCUUGAGCUGCACCCAAAGGGGAGGGGGCUCCCGGCAAGACCCCCCUCCCCGAGCACCGGGGAUGCGCUGACGGUGGAGGGGCCCCCACCGGGCCGGCAGCGGCGAAGCUUUGGCCGGGCAAAGUGGGGGGCUCGUCGGAGGAGACGGCGGGAGGAGGAGGAGGAGGAGAGGAAGGCCGGCCGGGCCCGCGGGCCGCGCACGCAGCCGCCGGGAUGUUGCAGAAUGUGAAUCCCCAGAGCAAGAUUUUGGGGGAGGGCAAUGCCACCCUCAUGGCUUUGGCCACCACGGACUCGACUCCCGGCAAACGAAUCCGCAAACCUUCGCUGCUCUACGAGGGAUUCGAGAGCCCCACCAUGGCCUCGGUGCCUUCCCUGGCCAACCCCCAGGUGAAUCCUCCUCCCCCGGAGGUUUCCAACCCCAAAAAACCCGGCAGGAUCACCAAUCAGCUGCAGUACCUGCACAAGGUGGUGAUGAAAGCUCUGUGGAAGCAUCAGUUCGCUUGGCCCUUCCGUCAGCCCGUGGACGCCGUCAAGUUGGGAUUGCCGGAUUAUCACAAGAUCAUCAAGCAGCCGAUGGACAUGGGGACCAUCAAGAGGAGGCUGGAGAACAAUUAUUACUGGGGAGCUGCAGAGUGCAUGCAGGACUUCAACACCAUGUUCACCAACUGCUACAUCUACAACAAGCCCACGGAUGACAUCGUUCUGAUGGCUCAGACCCUGGAAAAACUCUUCCUGCAGAAGGUGGCUCAGAUGCCCCCGGAGGAGCAGGAGCUGCUGCUGCCCCUGGCCAAGAACAGCCACAAGAAAGGGGCAGCCAGGGCUGCAGCCCUGCUGGCAGGUGUGAGCAGCCCAGCCCAGCAAGUCCCGGCCGUCUCUUCGGUUUCCCAACCCUCGGCCGCUUUCGCCGCCGCCGCCGAAAUCGCCGCGGCCAUCGUCACCAUCCCGCACCCGUCGGUGAUCGCGGCGCCGCUGCUGAAAUCGCUGCAGCACCCCGGGGCCGUUCCCAGCAAUCCCAGCAAUCCCAGCAAUCCCAGCAAUCCCAGCAAUCCCAGUAAUCCCAGUAACCCCGGUGCCACCGUCCUGGCAGCCCCCGCGCCCACCCAGCCCGUGGCCAAGAAAAAAGGAGUGAAACGAAAAGCCGACACCACCACGCCCACCACCACGGCCAUCAUCGCCACCAGCGGCGGCGAAUCCUCCCCUUCCAUCGCCGACAACGCCAAAGCCGCCAAAAUCCCGGCGCGGCGCGAGAGCGGCCGCCCCAUCAAACCCCCCAGGAAGGAUUUGCCGGAUUCCCAACAGCACCAAACUUCCAAGAAAGGGAAACUUUCGGAGCAGUUGAAAUAUUGCAACGGGAUUUUGAAGGAGCUGUUGUCCAAAAAGCACGCGGCCUACGCGUGGCCGUUCUACAAACCCGUGGACGCGUCGGCCCUGGGGCUCCACGAUUAUCACGAGAUCAUCAAGCAUCCCAUGGAUCUCAGCACCAUCAAGAGGAAGAUGGAAAAUCGGGAUUACCGCGACGCGCAGGAAUUCGCCGCCGACGUUCGGUUGAUGUUCUCCAACUGCUACAAGUACAACCCCCCGGAUCACGACGUGGUGGCCAUGGCCAGGAAACUCCAGGACGUGUUCGAGUUCAGUUACGCCAAAAUGCCGGACGAGCCGCAGGAUUCCGGCGCGGCCUCGGCGUCGGCGCCGUUGCCUUUGGCCAAAUCCUCGUCUGAGGAAUCUUCCAGCGAUGAGGAUGAGGAGGAUGAGGAUGAGGAUGAAGAUGAAGACGAGGAGAGCUCGACGGAAACGUCCUCGGAGAGCGAGGAGAGCUCGGAUUCCGAGGAGGAGCGAGCGAAUCGGUUGGCGGAGCUGCAGGAGCAGCUGCGGGCCGUGCACGAGCAGCUGGCCGCCCUCUCGCAGGGCCCCGUGUCCAAACCCAAACGCAAACGGGACAAGAGGAAGAAGAAAAAAUCGGAGAAGCACAAAGGGAGAGCGGGGACGGACGAGGAGACGCGGCAGAGGCAGGCGCAGCUGCGCAGGGCCCGCAAAAACGCGGCGGGAACGGGAUCCAAAAACCCCAAGAAAUCCUCCAAACCCCCUCUCCCCACCCCGGCGGCCUCGCUGCUGGACUCGGAGGAGGAGGAAGAAUCCAAACCGAUGUCGUACGACGAGAAACGCCAACUGAGCCUGGACAUCAACAAAUUACCCGGGGAGAAACUGGGCAGGGUCGUUCACAUCAUCCAGAGCCGCGAGCCCUCGCUGCGGGACUCCAACCCCGAGGAGAUCGAGAUCGACUUCGAGACGCUCAAAGCGUCCACGCUGCGCGAGCUGGAGCGCUACGUGCUCAGCUGCCUGAGGAAAAAACCCAGGAAACCCUACAGUGAGACCCUGAAGAAGCCGGUGGGGAAGACGAAAGAGGAGCUGGCCCUGGAGAAAAAACGGGAAUUGGAGAAACGGCUCCAGGACGUCAGCGGGCAGCUCAACUCGGCCAAGAAACCCCCAAAAAAGGCCAGCGAGAAGCCGGAGUCGGCGCAGGCGGCGGCGGCGUCGCGGCUCAGCGCCUCCAGCUCCAGCUCGGACUCGAGCAGCUCCAGCUCCUCCUCCUCCUCCUCGGACACCAGCGACUCGGAUUCCGGCUAGAAUUCCCAGAAAAAUAAAAAAACAAAAAUUUUCUUGCAGGAAAAAAAAAAAAUCCUGCAAGGAAAAAAAAAAAA